UCUUCGUAACCAUCCAUAAGGAAGGCCUGAGUCCCUACAGUGAGGACGUAACAGGGCUGAUUAUGAAGAUUGUGUUGAGCAAUCUUAAGUGCGAUGUAAAAUCAAGACAUUUUCUUACAUAGGAGUGCAGUGAUGAGACCGACAUCUGCCUACCGUCCAGCAGGCGGAACUGCAUCUAGAUUGUCUACAGCUGGGUUUGGACCAGCGCCUCCUACUGCCAGCAGGCAGCCUGCUAUGACGGGUUUCUCCAUGAUAGAUCGACCUAUAACCCAACAAGGAAUAUCAGGUCUACGCACUGGUACUACUAGAGGGUUUCGCACAAGGCAACUCCAAGACAAAAGGUAUUGGGAGGAAUUGAUGCAAGUCAAAAUUCGAGAAAUGAAAGCGGAAAUAGCUCGCCUGAGUGAACAAGCGGAUGCUGGAGAAAGAGAAAAGUCGGCUAAGAAACAUUACGAGAAACGAGUGAGGGAGUUAGCUCAAGAGUUAACAGGUAAUGAUUUUUAUCACAUUAAAACAAAAUAUGAACUCAUUAUCUCGAUUCAGAUUCAGAAAAUCAAAUUUCAGCUUCCUAAAUUACUAUUAAAAAUUGAGAAAGAAUUCCCUUUCGUAGAUUUAGAUAGAGAUCGAUUAAAUUCCAGUAGAAAAAACUAUUUAAUUUCAGAUUUACAAGGUCGUCUAGCAGAUUACAAUACUGCAAUAAGAAUAGUAAACGGGGAAGCUACUAAGCAAUCCGUUGAAGAACAAACAAGAGAACUAGAGUUGAGCAACAAAAAGUUACAGGAAGAAGUCGAACAAGUAUUUUUAGAGAAGCAGAGAAAAGAAAACCAGCUGAGCCAAUUGAGAGAACAGAUGGAUAAGGAGCAAUCGACGAUAACAAAACUUCUAGCUGAUAUGACACAGGAGCAAAAAGACCAAUUUAAUGAAUUGGAAUCAACUGCAACUACACUUAGAGAUGAAGUAGAACAAACAAGAUCGCAAAUAGACCACCUCAACAGAGAGAAGGAAGAAUUUAAUAAGGAGAUAUCUGGUUCACAGAUCAAAGUACACUUGUUGGAGCUAAAUCGUCGCCUAGCUGCAGCUGAAGAAAAGAGAGAUAACAUUAAACAUGAAUUGGACAACCGUUUAGACCCACAGGAAGAAAGAGAGAAGUUAUUACUUCAGGUCCGCGAAGAUAACGCUGCAAUUGCUGCCUUAGACAGCAAUGCAGCCAACUUGAAGGAGCAGAUAAAGAAAGUCCAAGAGCUUAUUGAGCAAGCAGAACAAGACUUGGAAGAGGGCAACUCAGAACGCCACCAGAAAUACAGAGAGCUAAAGAAAAGAGAAGAAACUAUGGACGCUUUCAUGGCUAGCUAUGAAGAGAAUGUCAAGAAAGAGCAGGAAAGAAUAGCGCAGUUGGAAAAGGAUAUAGUAUUUGCACUAGAUCAUAGCAGCUCCAAUAUAGAUUUGGAUUUGAGUGAGAUAGAUAGUUUAAAGCAAAAGGAAGGAUAUACCGGCUAUGAUGAUAGUAAGAAAUCAAUUGAUGCCCUCAUGAAGGACUAUGAAAGGUUCCAAGCUAACUUAAAGAAGGCUGAAUCGACGCGUGAAAGACUUGCAACCGAAUUACAAACACUACCGGAAAAGACGCGAGUCAUGAAAGAUGAGCUCGUUACUUUGUCCGAUCUCGAAAGGCUGAGAGAUGAAGGUGAAGAAAAGAAGAAGGCACUGGAAACAGAAAUGCAGUUACUGAAGGAAAAACUAACGCCGACGGAAAGCGCCGUCGAGGAGGCCUCGCAGAAAUUAAAAAAGUUGCAGCAAAGCUUGGACGGUAACGAAAUGUACGCGAAACUGAAUAGCCUCGAAGAACAGCUGGCACAGCUGGAGUCUAGAAAAACUGUCCUCGAGGAAGACAUUGCAUCUAUAACUCUCAAGGCCGACUAUGAGCCUUUGAAGAAACAAGCUCUGGAAGAGCUAGCCAAUCUGAACAGAAGAAUCAUUGAAGAUUUAAACAAUUCAAAAUCAUAUUAACUCUUUGUAAUAGGGAUAAUGCCUGGGUAAAAAAAAGAAAUUAUAUUUAAUCCGUGAGUUAGAUAAUAGAAAAAUUAGUUACGUUUUUUUUAUAUAACAAGAAAUAGCUUAGAUAUAGGCAUUAAAGUUGAGUAGAGUGGGGGACCGCUACGUCACAACUAUGUCAAAAACUAUGUCAUGAAGUCACUUUCCAAUAAGACUUCUCUGUGUGAAAUAAAAAAGGGAGAAAAAGGCAGCCCUUGCUG